AUGGUGAGAAUGGACUCCGCAGAGCACGAGUUCCCGUUCCUUCAGGAAGUCUUCACUCCUCGGGAUCCCCACAAGAUCGAUUUUGUGUUCGUCCACGGUCUCAACCCUCGAGGCCGUAAUGAUCACCCUUUUGAAACAUGGACUCACGCAAAUGGCGUAUUCUGGCCAACAGAAUUCCUGGCAGAAGAUAUCCCAUACGCCCGGGUCUUUGUGUAUGGCUACAACUCCAACAUCACGCACCCUCAAACCAUGUCCACUGCAAGUAUUAAGGAUCACGCCAACACUUUGUUAAAUUUGCUGGACAUGGAGAGAAGCCCUCAAUUUGCUCUGUUAAAUGCCAAGGAAGACCCCAAAUACAACUCCAUUCGCAACGCUACAUCCGGCCUCGUUUUCUUUGGCACUCCUCAUCGUGGCGCGAAAGCAGUGGAGCUAGGGAAGAUUGCCGCCCGAAUUGCCAAAUUUGUUUCUAAAGGUAAUGCCAGUAAUGAUCUGCUCGACUGUCUUGAACAUAACUCUCUCUUCACUCGGCAGAUGAGUGAUCGCUUUCGCCAUCAGCUGGAAGAUUAUCGCGUGAUCAGUUUUAUAGAAGGAAAGGAAGUACAGCUUGGAGGAAUGGGCCCAGCCUCUCUGAGUCACCUUGUCGUUGACGAGGAAUCCGCGGUAUUGGGAUUAUCAGGCCUGCGUGAAACCCAACUCAAACUCGAUGCGGAUCACUCGCAAAUGUGCAAAGUCGGUGCUCGUGGGCCAAUGUACCGUCUUAUCAAAGGAAAUAUCAAGCAACUUGUCGACCAGGCGCUGUUAACUGAACAAGGCUUCAUCCCGCAGCCAACGCCUGCUUCUUCAGUUGGUCCAACUCCGCCGCCGGUGCCACCGCGCAUGCAUUCUAAUAGCAGCAAUCCAUACCAACCACCAGGACGCGCCGCCGCGCCAACGCAAAUAAUAUUCGGGGCCAUCUACACCGCUAGCGAUAACGAUCCCCGCGCAAUCCAAUGUGCUGAGCUGAAAAACAAAGGCAAUUGGGACCACGCUCGGGAUGUCGAGUACGAUAUCUUCCAGGAGCAUCUGCGAGCUCUUGGUCCAGAUCACCACAGCACACUAUCUGCCGGUUAUAACCUAGCAGAGAUAGAAUUAGAAGGCAGUUUCCUUGACAAAGCAACAGAGUGGUGCCAAUGGGUGUCCGAUGGUACUCAGCGAGUGUUUGGAACAAGACAUGUACUCUCGAUGAAGACAGAAAGCCUCAUGGCGGAAAUUAUGUGCCAGCGAGGACAGUACCAGGAGGCUGAAUCUAUGUGUGCUAAUGUCCUCGCUCGCCAACAGAUGAAUAUUGGCGAGGAUCAUCUAGAUACCUUGGCUACGCGAAGGCGCCUGGCUAUGGCCUAUAAUGCUCUCAGCAGGAGAGAAAACGCUAUUGCGACCGCAGAGAAACUCGCCGACAGCUAUAAGCGCUUGCUUGGAGACAACCAUGUCCUCGUUUUUGUAGCUGCUCUCGACAUGCUAGAAUAUGUCAUCUACAACCACGGUGAUAACAACGGGGUAAACAUAAUGUUAUACCGACCCGAUGUCAAACGAGCAUUUGAAAUUAUCCCAACUGUUCAUGAAGAACUUCUUGCAGGGCUCGGUCACAUACAUCCACUCACCAUCCGAGCCCUCUGUCUACAUGGCCGAGUCCUUAUCUGCGCGCAGGAGAAUAUGGAAGCGUCCGAAACUCUUCGACGAGCACUUGCGAUUUCAGAAGAAGCUCUCGGGCCAGAGCACCCACUAACCAUGGAUAUCGUUGGAAACAUCGGUGUGAUGUAUGCGCUGCAAGCUCCUCAGUAUUAUGUUGGAUCCAGUCCUCCAUCCGAGGCCCUUCCAUGGUUGAAUCGGUAUGUGGAGUGGGUCGAGCGGCGGCGAGGCAUUCAGAAUCCGGAGACCCUCGCGACUUUGGAGAUGUUGGCCAACCUUCAUUUUGUUGCGAAGGAGUACGAGCCUGCCCAGGAAUACUUUGAGCGGGCCAUGGUCUCCUGCCGAGGCAAUAACCCGGCGGCAGAGAAACGCAUUGAUAACCUGUUACAACUUUGUCGCGCAAAUACUAUGUGGACCACUGGGAAUCGACGCUCGGGCAUAGAGGGGAUCCUGUCGGCUUUCCAGCGGCAACGAUUCUAG